GGAAGCUGUGGACUGAGUUAGCCUGUGGCGGGCUUCGCAGUUCUGGACCCUGAAAUUUCAGUCCCAGUGGAGGCAGCAGCCGGAAGUCCCCCAGGCAGGUUGAGAUACGCAGCAGAGAUGUCGUUGGUCAGAGUGAACCGUUACAGUCCCCGAGGAGGUGGAAAAAAAGCACUGAAAGUAAAGAAGAAGAAAACUGCAGUGAAGCAAGAAUGGGAUAGUACUGUGAAUGAUCUGACAAUUCAUCGGGCCACUCCUGAGGACCUGGUACGGCGUCAUGAAAUACACAAAUCGAAGAACAGAGCAUUAGUACACUGGGAACUCCAAGAAAAAGCUCUGAGAAGAAAAUGCAGGAAGCAGAAACCAGAAACUUGGAAUCUAGAGAAAACUAGAUUGUCCAUCAUGAAGGAGAUUCUUUCUGAUCAAUACCAGAUGCGGGAUGUCUUGGAGAAAUCCGAUCAUUUGAUGGCCGCAGCCAAAAAUCUAUUUGGUGAUGCUCCGUGCAGGCGCACAGGGUUUCCAAAUGUAACAAUGGCUCCUGAUUCGUCUCACGGUCCCAUCGGGGUGAACCAAGACCCUAUUGCCCGGUCCAUCCUUAAUGAGUCUGUCCUGGAGCCUCAGGCUCUUAAUGAAGUGGAUGACGAAGGAGAAGAAGGAACUGUUAAUAGCCAGUCUGAAGAAAGUGAAAACGAAUUGGGUGACUCCGUAAACCCUCAGUCUAACAUGAACACAGAAAGGUUUCUCCAACAACUAAAGGAAGAUAAUUCUGAGUUAAUUAAUAAGCUGUGGACUGAUAUUCAGCAGAAGCUAGCAACACAGUCAGAAACAACAACCCCUCCUGGAACUCCGUCUUCCGCUCUUCCAUCCGAGGAACAGAGAGCUGCUCUGAAUGCUACUGAUGCCGUCAAGAGAAUCCAAAGCAGGCUUCAGCCUGAAGAAUCUCCUGGAACUCUAGACUCAAGCUAUAUUGUGCGACAAGUGCUGAACUCACGGAAGCAAAAACAGCUCUUAAAUAAAGUGAAAAGAAAACCAGACUUGCACGCUCCUUCCAAGCCGAAGAAAAACAUGCUCUCGGUGAGCACAGGCUCUGCAGACUUGCAAAGCAGCAAUAACUCCAGCCUGGAUGUCCUCAAACACAUGAUCCAUGAGGUGGAACAGGAAAUGGCGGAAUACGAGCAGUGCACAGGGCGCGAGGUCACGGGCCUGCAGGGGGGUCAGGGUCUCACGGGCUUCACGUUGUCCUUGGUGAGCUCUCUCUGUCGCCUGGUUCGGUACCUGAAAGAGAGUGAAGUUCAGCUGCAUAAAGAAGUAGAGACAAGGCAACAACUGCAACAAAUAUUAGGUGACCACCGCGAGCUCAUUGAUGCUCUGACAGCUGAAAUUCUUCUUCUUAGAGAAGAAAAUAGUACCAUACAGGCCAGGCUUCAGCAGUACAUGGUCACAACAGAUGAGCAACUUAUAUCACUCUCACAUGCCAUUAAGAACUGUCCUGUGAUAAAUAACUCUAGGCAGGAAACUCAGGCUUCAGCUUCAGAAAGGGAAGCCACAGAUAGAAGAGUUGGGGACAGUCCAGAGGCUCCUGUUGGAAGUUCCAAUGUGCCCAUGCCAUUGAGGUUCAGAGGGGAAGAAGUGGUUGAUUUCCUACAGGAAGAGUUGCCUGUUAAACUGUCUCAGAUGCCAAACCGCCCUGACAGUACACAUCUGGCCAGCAGUUUUCCAGCACAUGUCUUCGAGCCAGCUGUGUUGUUAACACCACCCAGGCAGAAGAGCAGUGCGGAACUCCCUCCUCUGCAGGAUGUAUUGAGGAGGACUGUUCAAACUCGUCCUGCUCCACCAGUUCUUCCCACUGUGGAAAUAAUGGAGAAGGAACAAAAUUGGGAAAAGAAGACCAUACCUGUUGAUACAGAUAUUCACAAUUCAAGUGAGGAGAAUCGACUCUUCACUCAGAGGUGGAGAGUCUCUCACAUGGGAGAAGAUCCGGACAAUAAAACCCAGACACCUUUUGUUAACCUCUCACAGCCCCUCUGCAAUUCCCUUCCCAAUGUUCAACAGUUGAGAAACCCUGCAUUCUCAGAAGAGCUCCUGCCGCUGGGAGAUGGCCAACAGCUUAGAACAGCGGAGGCAUCGAUACAAAGAAAGGACAUAAUGGCACGGAUUGCCGAGUUGACGCUGCAGAAUUCAGCUAAGACCCAUCUCAGUAAUACUAAUGGGUCAGGAGCAGAACUAGGGGACGGACUGAACAAACAGGAAAGUGCUAAUGCCACGACUGCUACUUUUCCAGUCGCACAGUCUGUAACCCCAAGCAGCAUGGAGGAGCGGAUUGCAGAGUUGAAUCGACAGAGUAUGGAGGCCCGUGGAAAACUAUUACAGUUGCUAGAGCAACAGAAACUUGUUGGCUUGAAUCUUUCCUCUCCACCAGUGUCGCCUGUUCAGUCGCCUCUCAGAGCAUGGACUGAAGGUGGAAAGAGGACCAUUGACGUAUGUGUACCAGGAGCAGAAGCCCCAGAAAGCUCCAAAGGCAAUACUGUCUCUCCUGUCAGCGGGACAAAUACAAGAAGAUCUUCAGGGGCUACUAGUAAUUCUUGUUCUCCCUUAAAUGCCACCUCAGGAAGCGGACGACUCACACCUAUUAAUCCGAGAACAAAGAUUGAAAAACAAAAUGAAGAAGGCUGGUUUGCUCUUUCUACCCACAUGUCAUGAGUGAAGUUGAAGUCCCCUCUUACAGAGCUUGUUCUGGGUACCUUAUCGCUGACUGUCCACUCCCCUUUUCCUGCUCCUGCUGUCCAGUUUUUACCCCUUCUUCAGAUAAAACCUGCAAAGAUCCUGUGAAUUAAUGCUAAUGGAACAGAAAAAAAGAAUUAUUUUAUUUUUUACCUUUUCAAGUAAGUUUUCAACAACCCAUCAGCCUUAUAAUUCCUUAUGAAUAAAAUUUGGCUGCAGGGAAAUGAACGUUUUAUAUAAUAAUAAUUUCUAAAAUAUUUUUAAAGUAAUACAAUUUUACCUUCAUCUUUAUUUAGGUUUUUUGUUGUUGUUUAGUGCAUCUUAAAUGUUGAUCUGUUUCUUUUUUUUUUCCUGAAAGACUGAAUUGUUUUGUAUAUGCUUGCAAUACAAUGCCCCUGUGUGAUUAGUCUGGUUUUCAGGAAAAUAUAACACCUUUGGUUUCUUUGGUGGUGGGAAAUUACUGCUGCCAAGUAGAAUGUACAGCUUGAAAACUUCGGUGUGUAAAUGUUUAUAUUUGCUUAAGGACUUAAGAAUGAUUGUGUAAAUUCUGAGAAUCUUGAUUUAGUUUUUAAAUGUGAAAAUAUCAAGAAUGAUAAUGUACAUCAAAUAAAUAAUGAUCACAGAACUCAAA